AACUAAGCAGGUUUGCCUGGUUUGUCUGCAGACUUACAUUGCGACCUUAGAGGAUGGUUUGCUAGCACGCACACCAAAAUUGUCAUGCACCGACUGGGUGAUGACGUGUAACCUAUUUAAGGGCAGCUGGCAAUCCAAUGCUACGCAGGACCCACACCUCGAAGUCGUGUUGCCUGUGUUAUCCAAGCGAUGUCACACUUUUUGUGCAGGGGGCGUUGCACCACGUCGGUAUGCUAGUGAAAAGCAAAAAGUGGAGCGCGAGUUGAAGUCCAUAUCGCAGACUCUGAGUGCUGGUCUACCCCAACACAUACUUCGUGUCUUCGGCAAUGCAUACUUGAGAUACAGAUGCUUACAGACACCUCAAGCGAGCCUCAUUGAAUAUGACAGGCAACUCAACAUCCCUUCCAUGAUUGAAGAGGUAGAGGUUCUCCAAGCGAAACUCGAUGUUACAGUGGAUGGGGAUGAGCAACGAGCGCUGGAGGAGGACGUCACAGGCAAGAUCUUGUGGCUAUGUUGGUGUGGGAUAUGUGCUGAAGUAGACCAACUGUUACCAAAGGUUGUGGAUUACAUUCGGAGAGAAGGAAAUAUAGAGGGUUUACGGGAGAUUUCUGAGAUGGUGUUUCCGCUCACGUUUGCAGACCCAGAUGACAAUCUAACUCACUUGCAUCGGAUCAUGCUUGAUGCAGGCGUAGGCACGUCGAAACAUCAGCUGUGGGUUGCCGCUCGGACUGCAGAAGAAGCCAAGUGGUCAGGUACAGCUAGGAAUAUUCCUGCUCUAGACAACCAGGGUUGCAUCCCGAGUACAUGCACUCAACCCCCGUCCACAUCAGCAAACACAGGUAUUGCCAAUAUGAACUAGUUAGUUGUUCACUGUAACAUCCUUGCCUAGAGUUGUAAUGGUAGAUCAAUAUAUGAAAUGUAACCUUCUGUGCAUGAAGUGAUGCAAGGGGUGAUUGCAAGCACCUUUACUCCAAAGCGGUCAGCUGUGUUCUAGUCCACGCAGU